AGAUGAGAAGGCCACUUUAAAUAAUUAUAUAGACUAAAGGGUCACUCAUUUUUAUAAAUAUUAUCAAUAGGGAAAUUAAUCUGACAACAAUUGAUGUGGCCUUCUUAUUUGCAAUGUAAACAUGUGGCUUUUUGAAAAUCAAAUCGAAAUCCGAAUAAAAUUUUGGCUAGCGAAUAGUUUUGUUACUUUUUUUUUAAUUUAUGUUUUAGAAUGCUCACUAAAUAGUAAAUUUAUAACCUUUAUAUGCUUGUGGUUUCAUCUCAAUACAGUCGUCAGAGGAGGAAAUCGAUAUUGGUUCCUGUAGAAGAUGUAAUAAUACUUAUAAGAUCUGGUUGAUUUGA